AUGACUUUAAAAGCAAUUGCUGUGCUUCGUGGUGACAAGCCAGAAAUCAAAACUUGUGGUGUCAUUACGUUCACUCAAGACAAUGAAAACGCGCCUACCCAAAUUGAUGUAGAUAUUAGUAAUUUAGAACCAGGACAACAUGGAUUCCAUGUUCAUGAAUUUGGUGACAAUACUAACGGUUGUACUUCUGCCGGUUCACAUUAUAAUCCAUUUAACAAAACGCAUGGUGGUCCAACCGAUGAAAAUCGUCACGUUGGAGACUUGGGUAACGUCACGGCCUCUGAAGAUGGUACCGUGAAAACUCAAAUUAAAGACAACCAUAUUACUUUGAAGGGACCAAACUCUGUUGUUGG